GAAGCGGGGUUAUUGACGAAAUGCGUGUUUAUUUAUCUUCAUUAACAUGUAUAGGCAUUUGCAGGUGAAAAAAUAUGGCCAGUUACUUAUCUAUAAAAAAUAAACAAAACUCGCCAGGGUUUCUCGUUGUUAAUCAGGAUGUGAUAUCAAUAAUGCCCAUUUAUAGGUUCUUUAUUUUAUUAUUGUGAUCGGCGAGAAGAAAAAAAACUUAUAGUGUAAUUUGAACUGAGAGUAGACUAAGAAAUUGGUUUAAAUCAGCUUUCUGUUAUUUUACGAGAUAAUUUAUGUGUAUAAAUGAUCACGUCACGGGAUGCGUGUGAUGUCUGUUUUCUGUAUUGCAUAAUUGUAAUACAAGUCAACGCGCAAGUCGGUUGUUAAAUUGCGAACAUCUGCCCACACCGUAGAGAUAUUAUAAAAGGAUACAACAGUCGUACUAAAUUUCUUCAGGUACACCGUGAAUGAAAUAUAAUAACUAGUAGAAAAUUUAUGGGUUCAUUAUAAAAGCUGUAAAAAUGUUAACGGUACUCUAUCGAAUGACAAGUGGUUUUAAUAACGGGCUCAAUACUGGUUCUAAGAACAUCAUAAGAAGUCCCGCGCCUCGACUAGCCCAUAGCUAAUAUCAUUAACGAUUAAAUCAAUCAAUCUAUAUACUAAAACAGAUAUCAAGUUUAAUGUAAACCAGUUCACAACUGUUUUCAUAAACAAUGAGAUUAAACGUAUUUAUUGGACAUCGUAAAUAAUUCGACCCACACCUGUACCCUCACGCUCACCCCAGGGGGCUGAUUCCUGUGUAUACAAGUUUAUGAUGCUCUGGUCGUUCAUCAGAGUAAGUUCUGAUUAUGACAAUCAUUUCAUCCAGAGACUUUGGAUUUUCCGGACACGAGCACUUCAUGUUUACAGCAAGUGAACAUCAGACAGGGAAAUUCUACACAGAGAACUACCAGAGUAAUGAAACCUCUUCAGGAAAGAAACCAUUCCAAUAAACAGGACUAUCCAAAAACAUUGAAGCCUGGUGUUGCUGACUCUCACCAAUCCUCGCUGGAUAUCCUUGCGACAGCGGCGGCACAGUGUGCUCCAUCAGAAAAUACCGAUCUUCAUGACCACGACAUAAAUUCAGAGGAUGGUGUUACUGACACUGAAAACAUUCCUUUAAACCCUCAUCAAAAACUUCCGUCAUUUGCAACUUUGGCAUACAAUAUUGCUAGACAAGAAAGAGAAAAUCUGAAUAUUCCACGAUCAAGAAAUAUGUCUGCUUCAUCACAGUCUAGUUUGGUUGCAGAUCGUACGAAGAAAUCGCCGAGGAAAAAUGCAGCUAAAUAUACCCAGUCUGUGACCCAAGGGAAGGAAAAUAUCCCUACAUCAACGAAUGGUAAAAGCAGACUCGCACAAAUGCCAUUCAGAGAGACGCUGAACGUAUUAACUCAAGUCAAACACAACACCAACGUCAGAGAUGCGAGUCCUUCUGAUGCUACCAAUGGAAUUCCAGUGACGACAACUGAAGCCGCUUCAGUGAGAGUUAAUAAACACUCCUCUAAAAGUCCAAGUAAAGAAGUAAAAACUGCUGUAAAGCCCAAAAUUUGGAAUCCUAUUUUUCAUGAGUACACACCGAAGAAAGAACUCUCAAAGACAGACGUAAAAGUAAAGACUGAACCCGUUUCUGAUAGUCCCGGGGAAACUUCAUCAAAUUCAAAUACCGUCUCUUACGGUAGCGAUGUGAAAAAGUCUGUUGCGUCUGAAAGAAAUCUCAUUAAACACAGUGUAGAAUCCAUGAUUAAGAAAGAUCUACCGUCUUCAGACAAUCACAACACAAUCACAGGGGAUCUGACCAUUAAGCGCCUACUACCGAAGCAUGAAGAGGAACCUACUGCCAAGAAAAUAAAACUAGACGAAAAUAUCGUGCCUACUACUCCACAAACAACCAAUCCUCUUACCGAGACCAAAAUUCCAUCCAAAUUCCCAAUUGCCAUCCAAGAAUUCCCUUUGUACAAGAUUUCUGCGACGCCACCUAUAUCUCCUUAUUUUUCGCGUGGGUUCGAACCUUCACCUAAAACUUUUGCCGACGUCGCACUGCGACCUUUGAUGCCAAAUAUGCAACUCCGUACUUUCUCUCCCUUCAGUCCGUCAUUUGGGAGAGCAGAUAACGUGAUUGCCACAGAGAUGCAUAAAUCGCCGCCACAGGUUACAUGUAAAAUAGCUUCAAUGUCAUCACAGAAUAUGUUAGACACGCCUUUGAAACAAUCUGUAGCACCUGUUCGCGUGUAUGCAUCUACACCAAUGACGUCAUCAUUACGAGAAUCGCCGAUGUUCCGACCUACCGAUUCUGUAUUCAAAAUGGAAACCAAACCAUCAGUUACGAGGGUACUUGCACCAACAUUUAAAGACAGUGAAAAUUUGCCCCUCACAAACGAGGUAGAGGUAGUAAAUGGCGGCUUUGGAAUCAAGAAUCCCUCAUAUCGUGCACCCAAACCCUCUGAUAUCACAAAUAUUCAACCAGAUUCGGAGACCGGAAAAGGCAAAUACGAAUGCAAGAUCUGUUCUAAGGCGUUUGGUUUGCAGCGGCUACUGAACCGCCACCUUAAGUGUCACAGUGAUGUCAAAAGAUACCUAUGUACCUUCUGUGGUAAAGGUUUCAAUGACACCUUUGAUUUAAAACGCCACACGAGAAUUCACACAGGAGUGAAGCCGUAUUCCUGUAGCGAGUGUGACAGGUCAUUCACACAAAGGUGUUCCCUGGAAUCACACUGUCGCAAAGUUCACAACAUGGACAUUAACUACGCCUACAAACAGAGGAGAAACAAGAUUUACGUAUGCGAGGAGUGUGGACAUUCCACACCGAAUACGAGUAAACAUUUUGUGCACCUCCGAGAAAACCACCCGAACAAUCCUGCGCUCACAAAAUGUCAUGACAGACGCCAGUUCAAAUUCUCCAUGGAAAAUCAACAGAAUGUGCAUUUACCGCGAACGUGAUCAAGAACUUGACAGGCUAUUACCCAAAAUGUUUACCGAACUGAAGAGAAGCUUUAAUUGAAUAGCGUGUGUAUUAUCGUCUAGUCAUUCUCGCGACUUGUACAGUUUUAUUGUAAAUGGUGCUAAAUGUCCACGUAACGAAGUGUGAAUGGUUGCAUGUUCAGUAGUAAAUUAUUGCUAACAAAAA